AUGUCUUCUUUAGAGGAUAGAUCAAUUUGGGAUGACGGCGAAGAAUCCCUUGGAGAAGAGGUUCUGCGUAUGCCGACAGAUGAUAUUAUUGGGAGAACUCGUUUGCUUGACAAUGAAAUUAAGAUUAUGAAGUCAGAAAUUAUGAGAAUUUCCCAUGAGCUUCAAGCUCAGAAAGAAAAAAUCAAGGAAAAUACGGAGAAGAUCAAAGUCAACAAGACACUGCCAUAUUUGGUUUCUAAUGUCAUUGAGUUGCUGGAUGUUGACCCUCAAGAUCAAGGCGAAGAAGAUGGAGCAAAUAUAGAUCUUGAUUCUCAGAGGAAAGGGAAGUGUGCGGUGAUCAAGACAUCCACUCGACAGACCUACUUUUUGCCAGUUAUAGGACUUGUGGAUGCUGAAAAGUUGAAGCCAGGUGAUUUAGUGGGAGUUAAUAAGGACUCAUAUCUGAUACUGGAAACACUGCCUGCUGAGUAUGAUUCCCGUGUGAAAGCCAUGGAAGUUGAUGAGAGGCCUACUGAACAGUAUGCAGAUAUUGGAGGUUUGGAUAAACAGAUACAAGAGUUGAUAGAGGCAGUUGUCUUACCAAUGACCCACAAAGAACGGUUUGAAGCUUUGGGCAUACAGCCACCUAAAGGUGUGUUGUUAUAUGGUGCUCCAGGAACUGGAAAGACACUUCUUGCCAGAGCGUGCGCUGCACAGACAAAAUCAACUUUCCUCAAACUUGCUGGGCCACAGCUGGUUCAGAUGUUCAUUGGUGACGGUGCUAAACUUGUCAGAGACGCCUUCGCCUUGGCCAAGGAGAAACAGCCAGCGAUUAUCUUCAUUGAUGAAUUGGAUGCUAUUGGCACCAAAAGAUUUGACAGUGAGAAGGCAGGAGACCGUGAGGUACAGAGGACCAUGUUGGAGCUUCUCAAUCAGAUGGAUGGAUUCCAACCAAAUUCCAUGAUUAAGGUUAUUGCAGCCACCAACAGGGUUGAUAUUCUGGAUCCUGCUCUCCUGAGAUCUGGCCGACUUGACAGAAAGAUUGAAUUUCCCCAGCCCAAUGAAGAAGCCAGGGCUCGCAUUUUGCAGAUUCACUCCAGGAAAAUGAAUGUCAACAAAGAUGUCAAUUUUGAGGAGCUAGCACGAUGCACUGAUGACUUUAAUGGUGCCCAGCUAAAAGCUGUUUGCGUGGAAGCUGGUAUGAUCGCCAUGAGAAGGGAGGCAACAGAAUUGACUCAUGAAGAUUAUAUGGAUGCCAUCAUCGAGGUCCAGGCCAAAAAGAAGGCCAAUCUUCAGUACUAUGCUUAA